AUGGAGCAGAAUCUUGAUAGUCCAGAAAUUUCAACAAAAGUUCUGCCUAUACUUGAGGAGUUUGCUAAUGUCGUACCAGAGGAAUUGCCACCUGGAUUGCCACCCAUGGAGGAUAUUCAGCAUUGUAUAGAUCUCGUUCCAAGAGCUGCUAUUCCUAAUAAGGUAGCUUACAGAAUGAAUCCUAAGGAGCAUGAGGAGAUGCAGAGGCAAGUGCAAGAACUAUUAGAAAAGGGUGCAAUUCGAGAGAGCAUGAGCCCUUGUGCAAUGCCAGCUUUGUUGGUUUCUAAGAAAGAUGGGUCGUGGAGAAUGUGCGUGGAUAGCAGAGCUGUCAACAAAAUCACGAUCAUGUAUCGCUUUCCUAUCCCGAGAUUUGAUGAUUUAAUUGAUCAGCUGUAUGGAGUGACUAUCUUUUCGAAGAUAGACUUGAGGAGUGGAUAUUAUCAGAUUAGGGUGCGUCCUGGAGAUGAGUGGAAGACCGCUUUUAAAACUCGAGAAGCCUUGAAAUACAUCAAUGGGCAACACAAAUUGAACGCAAGGCAUGCGAAGUGGGUGGAGUUCCUUCAAGUUUUCAGUUUUUCCAUCAAGCAUAAAGCGGAAGUGCUAAAUAGUGUGGCAGAUGCAUUGAGCAGAAAACACUCUUUGCUGUCUACGAUGCAAGUAAAAGUUCUAGGCUUGGAUACUUUUAAAGAUUUAUAUGUUGUUGAUCCUCAUUUUUUGGAUAUAUGGAGGAAGAGCAAAACGGAGCCUUUUCAUCAAUUUCAGAUCGUGGAGGGUUACUUAUUUAAAGGUAACAGAUUAUUCGUUCCUCAAUGUUCUUUGAGGGAAUCUAUUAUUAUUGAAGAACAUGCAAAGCAUAUCAAAGAGCUGCAUUCUCAGGUCCAUAAUCAUAUCAACAGGCAGAACAUGAAGUAUAAGCAGCGCGUGGAUAUACACAGGAAAAGAGUCGUCUUCAAGGAAGGUGAUCUAGUUUGGAUUCACCUUAGGAAAGAACGAUUUCCAGCGGGUAGAUUUGGCAAGCUUCAACCUAAAGCUGAUGAACCCUUCAGAGUUUUGGAGCGAAUUAGUGACAAUUCUUACAAGAUCGUUUUGCCGAAUGUUAAUCCUUUUCCUUAG